UUUUCUUGUGUACUCAACAUGAAAUGAAACUUAGUGACGUGUAUCCUGGGUAUAGAAACUGAAACUGCUUUUACCUCUUGCAGCAUAUCAAGUGAAACAAGAAGUUAUUCACUAAACAUGAACUCCAAACCUCAAGAGAGAAUAAUUUUGGAUGUUGGGACAUGGGAGAAGACAUUUCAAGAACUGAUUCAGCAGGUGAAACCCCGAGCCAGAUGGACCCUGAAGUUGGAUGAGACUCUUCAGCCAGACUGUGUGGCCCAAGGGUGGAAGCAAUACCAGCAGAAAGCAUUUGGCAGAUUCCAGUGUUCCUCAUGCAAACGAAACUGGGCUUCUGCCCAAGUGCAGAUCCUAUGUCAUAUGCACCUGGAGCCCCGGAAGUCCCAGGGUCAGGUGCGUAUGCGGCUUUUUUGCCAGAGGUGCCAGAAGUGUUCUCGGUCUCGAUUUGAGAAGCCUGAGUUCUCCUCAGAAAGCACCAUGAGGAUUUUGAACAACCUGGUACAGCGUAUUCGGGAGAGAUACUACGGAGAUGGCAUCAAGAAGUAUUCAGAGAUACCGGUGAUCCCGGAGGUGCCUUUGGACGGGUCCCAUGACACGGCCAAUUGUGAGGCAUGUGUUCAGGGCUUCUGUGUACAGAGCUUACAAAACUGCAUGACAAAACCAUCCAAAUGCCCUCCCUCCUACAUAGAGAUUAGGAGCUCUCUGUCUCACAUUGGUGACAUAUAUGGCCAAAAUCAAGCUAGCAACAAGUCAGCUGAGGCAAAGGAGACUCAGAAAAGUGGCCUUUCCAUCAAGGAUAAGAAGUCAGGGCCCAAACAUGCCACUGCUGGAACCCAAGUGCCUGGGGCAGGCCCUCAGUGCAAAUGGGAGCGAGGUCAACAAACCACAGCAGGGGCAGACCGGCACGCGGUGCGUGGAACGGGUUCUCAGCCCAUUCAUGUAGCAGGAUCACUUCCCCCAGGGUGGAAAUACCUACAGCCCACUCGAGCAGUAGACCCAUUACCUUCAGUGGAAGCAUAUUCACAAUCCACCCUGAGGACAGGACCCACGGAUGCCCCAGAGGACCCUCGGGCUCUAAGGAGAACUGGCCAACAGUCAAAACAGGAGACAGGUUCACAAGCCACACAAGGGGCAGGUCUUCAGGCUACAGAGGGGACAGACCUAAGGUCCACAUGGAGAGCAAGCCCCACACGGAGAGCAAGCCCCACACGGAGAGCAAGCCCCACAGCUACACAUGGAUCCGGGACCCUCAGGGGAGAUCCAGUGGCCUCGGGGAGGCUGGAGGGAAGGCUGGAGGGGAAUUCACCUAGAGUGCCUGCUCCAGACAGCUCUUACAGAUCCUUUACCUUCCUGCCAUCACUUAACUCCCUUAAACAGAAUUACUUAUUCAAGUUAGGCUGUGCCUCUUUUAAUACCUGUCGGGCCUUUGUGAUGCACAGAUACUUCAAAUAGAAUGAUGAAAAUAAGCUUGUCUUCUCUUCUUGUCUUAAUUUCAUGGUAAUCAAUGAACUAAUAUAACAAAGAAUUUGCUUUGAGACCAAGCAGAAUCAAGUUUGUAGACUAAGCACUGGUUUCCUGGACUUCCUUUGUAGGUAGCCUAAAACGUGGCCUAGCUGAUAAUAGGCCCAAUAAUAAAUAUUUGUUGAAUGACUAAAA